AUGGACGGCUGCAAAGAAUAUGAGUUACCCGGCCGUUCGAUGCUAGAUUACUCAAACUUACAGCAACCGUUGGAUUGCAAUACUCUUUGUGAUUCACAAGCAACUGAGCUCUGUGAUCAGACUGAUGCAAUGUCAGACUUUUUGCUAAGUCUCGUAAACCUCAUGCUAGUCCCUGGCGAUAAAUUAUGUUUAAAAUGUAACUUUCAGGCCUCGCCCACCAGUCUCACACAAGAGUAUACCACACCCUAUCACGACCGGGAGUUUCAUAUUUCUAUGUCAAAUCCGCAGCCCUCAAUGAUUCCAAUCGCCUCGGAUUACGGGAUGCAAGAUGUCGCGUUUGUCACAGACUGGCGCAGGCGAUGUGAGGAUGAGGCCUUCGAUAUUGUCAACAGGUUGAAGACAUCACAACACCUACAAGAAAACAGAAUGACUAACAGUGAGCUUGGAUGCAUUGAGGAGGUCUUUACAGAUAUUCGUCAGCAUCUACACCCCAGCAAUCUCAAAUGCUUCGAGCAGAGUGUCGAGCAGCUAAUAUCCCAUAUCGUGCUUAAUCUCUCGCCAAGUAUCCUCCCAAUUCCCACUUCCAAUGGAGCAAGUGGAGCCUCGGGCGGCAACACCAAUGCUGACGAGUCCGCCUGUCCCAGACAGUCGACCACCUAG